AUUUUUUGGAUGAUGAUGAAAUAGUUUAGCCAAGAUCGACUGCCUUUACCGUCCUCGUCUACCAGGGCAAUUUCUCCUUUGAAAACUGCAAAGAGAAAGAAAAUCACGUAAUUAGAUGGCGAUCAGGUAUCUCUCAACUCGAUAAAACUAUCUUCUGGUAGACUUUAUACUACUGCUGCUGCUAAUUAUGAUAAUGAUGGUGAUGCUACUGCUACUGCUACUGCUACUGCUACAACUACUGCUACAACUACUGCUACUGCUACUGCAGUCCCCCGUAAGAACAUAAAGUUAACUCCAAAUAUCAUAACUACUAAAUCAUCAUUUGCAAUACAGGUCUGUUUAUGGACUUUGUGCAAUUGAACGAAAUUAACAGGCCAUUUGCAAUGACAGGUCACGUGACCCUACCCUGUUAAGAUGCCGAACGAAGAUCACGUGACCCUAUCCCCUUAAGAUGCCGAACAGUCGUGUCACUGAGAGAACCUCGAUAUUAGUAAGAGGAGACGAAAUUUCUAUUAGCUCUGAGUUUUAUACUUCUCCUAUUGUCGACAUUGUAAGCUGAAACUUCACCUUCUUGCUAAUAUCGAGGUGUUCUUUUGAAACAGCUGCUUAGUGUAUUAAGGGGUUGGGUUACGUAUUCUGGCGUGCAAGUCGGUCCAAUAACCCACAUAAUUUCUGGGUGGAGCAAAAGAAUCUUCGUUUUUGAAGUUGAAGAACAAAACAAUCGGUUUGAUCUCAAUCCUAAGUGUGUUGUAUUAUGAAGCUGACAUAUAGCGCUCGUUAACUGCAAGACAAGGUUGUAAUUCAUCAUAGGUGUGUAUAAAUGUGUAUUGAAACUAAAGGCGUAGGCAUGUCAUGUCUGUAUUUAAGACACUGGCUGUGGCGUACAGCUGAAUCUUUCCAAGGUGUUUCUUCUUCAACAACUUCGUUUCAUCAAUAUUAUCUUCUUUCUCGUUGGACCAAAAGUCUUGGCGGACAACUCCAUCGAUUCUACGUGCUCUGCGAGCGAGAAUGGAUUCUGUCGAGGAUCGAUGACCGUCGUACGGUGUCGUAUUAGGAGAAUCUGUGAGCUACAAGAUUUGAUCGCAUCAAAGAACCAAGUCAUCGCACUAGAUCUAUCUUCUAACAGCCUAAAGAAUAUCACAGAAGGAGCACUGUCUUUGUUCAGUGGAAUAAAAUACUUGUCCUUCGCAUACAACGAUUUCCAGGUUUUGACAUACCAAGUAUUCUAUGGUCUCGACAGCCUCACCACUCUGAAUCUCUCCAUGAACCCACUUCGAACUUUUACUGGCAACUUGUCAGGCUUAUUCCCCUCGCUGUCAACCCUCGACGCUACAGGAAUAGAGCACUGGAAACCAGAAAAGAACUUUCUUCAUCUGCGCAUGCUCCGAAGUAUCAUAGGCUUAACCUGGUCAGAUGAAUGUGUCAAUUGUUUGUUUUUCAGAAGUCAUAACGAAACUCAAAUGGAAAGCUAUUUUAUUAUAAGGUUUUGUAAUGUAGUUAAAAAGGGCGUCAAUGUGACGUCGCCAUUAUUUCAAAUGCUGAAUGAAACACAGUUCGAAUUUCGAUGCAAGAAUCAAAAUCUCUGUGUACGUCACAAUUACUUCGCCUUCGUAAGCUCGGUCAAUAUAUGCUGGGAUGCGAUUCUCGUUGCGAUGAAUUGUCAAUCAUUUUUGGGUGGGCUGUCGGUCGUUUUAAAUUUUGUARCAUUUUUGAACAUCAUCACCUCCAGRCGUCUUCGUAACAACGUCUGCAUGCUGUUUGUAUGUAACAUGGCAUUCAGUGAUUUUCUGACGGGACUCUAUACCAUCGCAAUCACUGUUUAUUUGAAUAAUGUUUCGUUUAUUCAAUCAUAUAGAGAUGGCGAUCUCCACUGCUGGAAAAUAGGCAUGUCUUGGAUGCUAGGCCAAGCAAGUGCAGUCUCAAGAAAGCUGCUCAAGAUGCGGGAAUACAAAGGGAAUCCAAACUCGCCAAGCGAAUCGCUCUUCUAG